AUUGCGCUACCGGGAUAGCGGCUGUCUGUGGUAGGGGCUGCAUUGUGGGUGGGUUUCAAGGCUGGGCUUCAGGAGGCUUAAUGGGGUCCGCUUGAGCGGUCAGAGGGUCUGUGUCAGGUCGGGCUGGAUGCACUCUUAGCGAGGUGGGAUUCAAGCCAGGGGUUUCUGGACGUGUAUCAUCUUUGAGCCUUUUGUGGGCCUGGGCCUUGCUGGUUAAUUUUUUUUCUCCCGCCGCUCUCUAGAUUCUCCGGGCAUGGCCGGAGUAUUUCCCUACCGAGGGCCGGGUAACCCGGUGCCCGGCCCUCUAGCCCCGCUGCCGGACUACAUGUCGGAGGAGAAGCUGCAGGAAAAAGCCCGAAAAUGGCAGCAGUUGCAGGCCAAACGAUAUGCAGAAAAGCGCAAGUUUGGAUUUGUGGAUGCUCAGAAGGAAGACAUGCCCCCAGAACAUGUAAGGAAGAUUAUUCGAGAUCACGGAGACAUGACCAACCGGAAGUUUCGUCAUGACAAAAGAGUCUAUUUAGGUGCCCUAAAGUACAUGCCUCAUGCUGUCCUCAAACUCCUGGAAAACAUGCCUAUGCCAUGGGAACAGAUUCGGGAUGUGCCUGUGCUGUACCACAUCACUGGAGCCAUUUCCUUCGUCAAUGAGAUUCCUUGGGUCAUUGAACCAGUCUACAUCUCCCAGUGGGGGUCAAUGUGGAUUAUGAUGCGUCGAGAAAAAAGAGACAGGAGGCAUUUCAAAAGGAUGCGUUUCCCUCCUUUUGAUGAUGAGGAACCACCCCUGGAUUAUGCUGACAACAUCCUAGAUGUUGAGCCACUGGAAGCCAUUCAGCUUGAGCUGGACCCUGAGGAGGAUGCUCCUGUAUUGGACUGGUUCUAUGACCACCAGCCCUUGAGAGACAGCAGGAAGUAUGUUAAUGGCUCCACUUACCAGCGUUGGCAGUUCACACUGCCUAUGAUGUCUACUCUCUACCGCCUGGCUAAUCAGCUUCUAACAGACUUGGUGGAUGACAACUACUUCUAUCUGUUUGAUCUGAAGGCCUUCUUUACUUCUAAGGCACUCAAUAUGGCCAUUCCUGGAGGACCAAAAUUUGAACCUCUUGUUCGAGACAUCAAUUUACAGGAUGAAGACUGGAAUGAAUUCAAUGAUAUUAAUAAGAUAAUAAUUCGGCAGCCUAUUCGAACUGAAUACAAGAUUGCUUUUCCUUACCUAUACAACAACCUUCCACACCAUGUCCAUCUUACCUGGUAUCACACUCCUAAUGUUGUGUUCAUCAAGACUGAGGAUCCUGAUUUGCCAGCUUUCUACUUUGAUCCUUUGAUCAAUCCAAUCUCUCACAGGCACUCGGUCAAGAGCCAGGAGCCAUUGCCAGAUGAUGAUGAGGAGUUCGAGCUCCCAGAAUUUGUGGAGCCCUUUCUGAAGGACACACCCCUCUACACAGACAAUACAGCCAAUGGCAUUGCCCUGCUUUGGGCCCCACGACCCUUCAACCUACGUUCUGGUCGCACCCGCCGGGCCCUGGACAUACCUCUUGUCAAGAACUGGUAUCGGGAGCAUUGUCCAGCUGGACAGCCUGUGAAAGUGCGAGUCUCCUAUCAGAAAUUGCUUAAGUACUAUGUGCUGAAUGCCUUGAAGCAUCGGCCUCCUAAGGCCCAAAAGAAGAGGUAUCUGUUCCGCUCCUUUAAGGCUACCAAAUUCUUUCAGUCCACAAAGCUGGACUGGGUGGAGGUGGGCCUGCAAGUUUGCCGCCAGGGAUACAACAUGCUUAACCUUCUCAUUCAUCGAAAAAAUCUCAACUACCUUCACCUGGACUAUAACUUCAACCUCAAGCCCGUUAAGACACUCACCACCAAGGAAAGAAAGAAAUCUCGUUUUGGGAAUGCGUUUCAUCUUUGUCGGGAAGUACUGCGAUUAACUAAGCUGGUUGUGGACAGUCACGUGCAGUAUCGCUUGGGCAAUGUGGAUGCUUUCCAGCUGGCAGAUGGACUGCAGUAUAUAUUUGCCCAUGUGGGGCAGCUGACAGGCAUGUAUCGAUACAAAUACAAGUUGAUGCGACAAAUCCGCAUGUGCAAGGACCUGAAGCAUCUCAUCUAUUACCGCUUCAACACGGGCCCUGUAGGGAAGGGCCCUGGCUGUGGCUUCUGGGCUGCUGGCUGGCGAGUCUGGCUGUUUUUCAUGCGUGGCAUUACCCCUUUGCUGGAAAGAUGGCUGGGCAACCUCCUGGCCCGGCAAUUUGAAGGCCGACAUUCAAAGGGGGUAGCAAAGACAGUGACAAAGCAGCGAGUGGAAUCCCAUUUUGACCUUGAACUUCGGGCAGCUGUGAUGCAUGAUAUUCUGGACAUGAUGCCUGAAGGCAUCAAACAGAACAAGGCCCGGACAAUUCUGCAGCACCUCAGUGAAGCCUGGCGCUGCUGGAAGGCAAACAUUCCCUGGAAGGUCCCAGGGCUGCCAACACCCAUAGAGAAUAUGAUCCUUCGAUAUGUGAAGGCCAAGGCUGACUGGUGGACUAACACUGCCCAUUACAACAGAGAACGGAUUCGUCGUGGGGCCACUGUAGACAAGACUGUUUGCAAAAAGAACUUGGGCCGCCUCACCCGACUCUAUCUGAAGGCAGAACAGGAGCGGCAGCACAAUUACCUGAAGGAUGGGCCUUACAUCACAGCAGAGGAAGCAGUAGCAGUGUAUACCACCACUGUACAUUGGUUGGAAAGUCGUAGGUUCUCUCCCAUCCCUUUUCCCCCACUUUCCUACAAGCAUGAUACCAAGUUGCUCAUCUUGGCUCUGGAGCGACUCAAGGAAGCUUAUAGUGUCAAGUCUCGGUUGAAUCAGUCCCAGAGGGAGGAGCUAGGUCUGAUUGAGCAAGCUUAUGACAACCCCCAUGAGGCAUUGUCCCGCAUCAAGCGUCACCUUCUUACACAGAGAGCCUUUAAGGAAGUGGGCAUUGAGUUUAUGGACCUCUAUAGCCACCUAGUACCAGUGUAUGAUGUAGAGCCACUGGAGAAGAUAACUGAUGCUUACCUGGACCAAUAUCUGUGGUAUGAAGCAGACAAACGACGCCUUUUCCCACCUUGGAUCAAGCCUGCUGACACAGAACCACCUCCACUGCUUGUUUACAAGUGGUGCCAAGGUAUCAAUAAUCUUCAGGAUGUAUGGGAGACCAGUGAGGGCGAGUGUAAUGUUAUGCUGGAAUCACGCUUUGAGAAGAUGUAUGAAAAGAUUGACUUGACCCUACUUAAUAGGCUACUGCGACUUAUUGUGGACCACAACAUAGCUGACUACAUGACAGCUAAGAACAAUGUUGUCAUCAACUAUAAGGACAUGAACCAUACAAAUUCAUAUGGCAUCAUCAGAGGUUUGCAGUUUGCCUCAUUCAUAGUGCAGUACUAUGGCUUAGUGAUGGAUUUGCUUGUGUUGGGAUUGCACCGGGCCAGUGAGAUGGCUGGACCCCCUCAGAUGCCAAAUGAUUUCCUCAGUUUCCAAGACAUAGCCACUGAGGCUGCCCACCCCAUCCGACUCUUCUGUCGAUACAUCGAUCGCAUCCAUAUUUUCUUCAGAUUCACAGCAGAUGAAGCUCGGGACCUGAUCCAACGUUACUUGACAGAGCAUCCUGACCCCAACAAUGAGAACAUUGUUGGAUAUAAUAACAAGAAAUGCUGGCCCCGAGAUGCUCGCAUGCGUCUCAUGAAGCACGAUGUCAACUUGGGUCGAGCAGUCUUCUGGGACAUCAAGAACCGUCUGCCACGAUCGGUGACCACAGUUCAGUGGGAGAACAGCUUUGUGUCUGUGUAUAGUAAAGAUAACCCCAACCUGCUGUUCAACAUGUGUGGCUUUGAGUGCCGCAUCCUGCCUAAAUGCCGUACCAGCUAUGAGGAGUUCACUCACAAAGAUGGAGUCUGGAAUCUACAGAAUGAGGUAACCAAGGAGCGAACAGCCCAAUGUUUCCUGCGUGUGGAUGAUGAGUCAAUGCAGCGCUUCCAUAAUCGUGUGCGUCAAAUUUUGAUGGCCUCUGGAUCUACCACCUUCACAAAGAUUGUGAAUAAGUGGAAUACAGCUCUCAUUGGCCUUAUGACAUACUUUCGAGAGGCUGUAGUGAACACCCAGGAACUCCUAGACUUGCUGGUAAAGUGUGAGAAUAAGAUCCAGACACGUAUCAAGAUUGGACUCAACUCCAAGAUGCCAAGUCGAUUUCCUCCUGUUGUGUUCUACACUCCUAAGGAAUUGGGUGGACUUGGCAUGCUUUCCAUGGGGCAUGUGCUAAUCCCCCAGUCUGACCUCAGGUGGUCCAAGCAGACAGAUGUAGGUAUUACACACUUUCGUUCAGGAAUGAGUCAUGAAGAAGACCAGCUGAUUCCCAACUUAUACCGCUACAUACAGCCAUGGGAGAGUGAAUUCAUUGACUCUCAGCGGGUCUGGGCUGAAUAUGCACUCAAGAGACAAGAGGCCAUUGCUCAGAACAGUUAUUGCGUCAACCUAGCCAAGUCUGUUUUUCCUAUGGGGCUUAACUUUUCUUGCCCCCUCCAUCUUCACAGUGCCUACGGAAACUGGUUCCCAGGUAGCAAGCCUCUCAUACAGCAGGCCAUGGCCAAGAUCAUGAAGGCAAAUCCUGCCUUGUAUGUGUUACGUGAACGGAUUCGUAAGGGGCUCCAACUCUAUUCAUCUGAGCCCACUGAGCCUUAUCUGUCCUCUCAGAACUAUGGUGAACUCUUUUCCAACCAGAUUAUCUGGUUUGUGGAUGACACUAAUGUCUACAGAGUGACUAUCCACAAGACCUUUGAAGGGAACUUGACAACCAAGCCUAUCAACGGAGCCAUCUUUAUCUUCAAUCCACGCACAGGACAACUGUUCCUCAAGAUAAUCCACACAUCUGUGUGGGCUGGACAGAAGCGUUUAGGGCAGUUGGCCAAGUGGAAGACGGCUGAGGAAGUGGCUGCCCUGAUCCGAUCUCUGCCUGUGGAGGAGCAGCCCAAGCAGAUCAUUGUCACCAGGAAGGGCAUGUUAGAUCCAUUGGAGGUACACUUACUGGACUUCCCCAACAUUGUGAUCAAAGGAUCGGAGCUCCAGCUCCCCUUCCAGGCUUGUCUCAAAGUGGAAAAGUUUGGGGAUCUCAUCCUUAAAGCCACUGAGCCCCAGAUGGUUCUGUUCAACCUCUAUGAUGACUGGCUCAAGACUAUUUCAUCUUAUACGAUUGCUGGAUACCUGUAUGGGGUGAGCCCACCAGAUAACCCCCAGGUAAAGGAGAUCCGCUGUAUUGUAAUGGUACCACAAUGGGGCACUCAUCAGACUGUGCAUUUACCUAGCCAGCUGCCCCAGCAUGAGUACCUCAAGGAGAUGGAACCCUUAGGUUGGAUCCACACACAGCCCAAUGAAUCCCCCCAGCUCUCACCCCAGGAUGUCACUACCCAUGCCAAGAUCAUGGCUGACAACCCAUCUUGGGAUGGUGAAAAGACCAUUAUUAUCACUUGCAGCUUCACACCAGGCUCCUGCACACUGACAGCCUAUAAGCUGACCCCUAGUGGCUAUGAAUGGGGACGCCAGAACACCGACAAAGGCAACAACCCCAAAGGUUACCUGCCCUCACAUUAUGAGAGGGUCCAGAUGCUGCUGUCUGAUCGCUUCCUCGGCUUCUUCAUGGUUCCUGCCCAGUCCUCAUGGAAUUAUAACUUUAUGGGUGUACGGCAUGAUCCCAACAUGAAGUAUGAACUGCAGUUGGCAAACCCUAAAGAGUUCUACCAUGAAGUGCACAGACCCUCCCAUUUCCUCAACUUUGCACUCUUGCAGGAGGGUGAAGUCUAUUCUGCAGACCGUGAAGAUCUCUAUGCCUAGUGUUUUUCUCAACUCCUCCUGCUUCAGAUUCCCCAAAUGCUGGAGCUUCCUUUCCCAACCCACAGACAAGCUGGUGACAUUCAGCAGCUUGGCCCGCUUUCCCUGUUUUGUGCUUGUGUUGUUGAUAGCUUGUGAUCCUGAACAAAAUAAUAAUAAAUUUUGUAUAAAUAGG